UUGUAAAUCUGAACAAAGAGGGCACAAACAACAGACCUGAAUAUUCGAAGACGCUUGCCCUGUUAAAACAAGCAGUUGAUCUUGUGAUUCAUAAAUCUCUUCUGCCAGAAACCUCGUGCACUUUUCCAUCUUGCGACAUCCCACCUCCAAACUGUCAGGUAGUCAACGACGCCAAAGGAUGUCCAACCUGCAACUACAUCUGUCGAUAUGGCCAACGAGUAUGUCCGGAAAUACGGUGUGGAAAUACAUGCGCAGAGGGUUUAUAUCUGUUUUACUACAUGAAAUUUCCACCUGCUGAAUGCAUAUUUCAUAAUGUGUCUGUCAGGUACGCCAUGGAUCGCAAGGGCUGCCAAACCUGCUACUGUAAAGUCCCUCUGUACCAACCCCCUCCAGCUCCGCCACCAUCGUUUGGUUGCCCAAGGAUGUGCCCAGCUGGUACGUGUCCAAACAGUUGUGUCUGCCAGCCUUACUGUAACAGCUCAGGAACCCAAGCAAGGUUUGUCUCAGAGCCCGAGGAACCCAAUGAAAUGUAA